GAGACUUAGGCGGCAGAGCAGGCUUGCAGGAGCUCACCGGGAGACGCAAGGAGAAGCAAAGCGGAGAGGCUGAAAGAGGCGAUCCGGGCGGAUAGGAGGAGAGAUCCCCCCCCCCUUUGGAGAAGCGCCGCCGUCGAGGCCAGACGCCGGGAUGGCGUCCACCGCGCUGCAGAUGCUGGGCUUGUCGCUGUCGCUGCUGGGCUGGCUAGGGGCCAUCGUGGUGGCCGGCCUGCCCAUGUGGCAGGUGUCUGCCUUCAUCGAGAACAACAUCGUGGUGGCGCAGAGCACCUGGGAGGGUCUGUGGAUGAACUGCGUGGUGCAGAGCACGGGUCAGAUGCAGUGCAAAGUGCACGACUCCAUCCUGGCCCUCAGCCCGGAGACGCAGGCCGGCCGGGCGCUGAUGGUCAUCGGGGCGCUGCUGGGGCUGGUGGCUCUGCUGGUGACGGUGGUGGGCGCGCAAUGCACCAACUGCGUGCGCCCCGGCAAGGCUAAGGACCUGAUCGCGGCGGUGGGCGGCGGCCUGUUCGUGGCCUGCGGCCUCCUGGUGCUCAUCCCGCCCUGCUGGUACGCCAACAUCGUCAUCGGCAACUUCUACGACCCCACCGUGCCGUCGUCGCGCAAGCGGGAGAUGGGCGCGGCGCUGUACCUCGGCUGGGCCGCCGCCGCCCUCUUGAUGGUGGGCGGCUCGCUUAUCUGUUGCUCCUGCGCCCGCAAGGGCGACCCCUCGGCUUUCCCGGUCAAGUACUCGGCUCCCAGGAGGCCCGCCACCAACGCCGCCACUUCCAACGGGGAGUACGACAAGAAGAACUACGUCUGAAGGCGCCCCGGGAGGGGAACUUGGACGGCGGCCGUCGGAACAGCGGCCGCUUGCGAGCGCGGCGGGGAGGAGCGGCGGCGCGUCUCUUGGCCUCGCCGUCGAGCUUCCGAGGGGCGAUCGCCUUGGCAGAAGACCAGCGCUCCCUCCUCCUCCCUUUUAAACUGCUUUUGUCUCUUCUUGACAUGAAAACUCUCGUUUGCGAAGAAAAGGAACCGCGCCCAGGAACUCUCCGUUGCAUUUAGGACUCCUCUGGUUUGGGGUGGUUUUUUUUGGACCCCCAAAUUGUACCGAUUUCGUGGCGUUGCUUCUGAACUGGUGGGAACACACACAGCGCGCGCGGUCUGCUUCUUUUAAAUUAUAUGUAAAUGGGAGAAUUUGCACUCUAAAUCAAGCCGGGCAAAAAAGAAAAGAAAAAGAGCAGGUGUUUGGUUAGUUUUGGGAAGGCCAUCCUGAUUGUAAAUAUUCCCGGGGGUGGGGGGUGGGGUUUGCUUUGUACUGUUUCAAAUGAUCCAAAGGGAUUUGUUGGGUAUUAAACGCUGAGCAAGCAUUGCUUAAGAUGUAAAGCUGGUUUCAAGUGCCACACUUCAUGUGGUUGGGAAGGCAGUAUUAGAUCGUUUUAGAAUUGGUUUGUUUUUUUAAAAAAAAUGGCUCCUCGAAUUUGCAUUUUUGGAGUAUGGCUGUGAUCCCAAGUGGUCUCAGUUCAGCCAGAUGUGAAGUCAGUGAGAUUCUGCAAAGGAUGGAGUAAAGGGCUUGAGGGUCAGAGCUUCCCUGCAUUCAAAGGGCAGGGCACUAAUAGGGUAAGAUUUCCUCCCUACACACUUGCCUUUAAAGUGUUGGGUUUUUGUUUUUUUUAAAAAACUUUUCAGUGUAUGUUGUUAACUGUUAAGCUGUGUGAUAAGGAGAAGAAUUUCACUCUUGGAUUUAUUUUUUAUUCAUGACCGUGUCAGUAUUUUUGCCUCUAAAUAAAAAUCCAUCCCGGUUCCAAAAGACUGGUCAAGUAA